GUGAAUUCACGCAGCCCCCGGGACAGAGGCUGUGACUGGUCCCACCCCAAGAUGACAUCACCCAAAACCAAAGCAAAGAAGAAACCACCCAAAGACAGCAUAACUCUGCUGCCAUGUUUUUAUUUUGUGGAGCUCCCCAUUGUCCUGUCCUCCUUGGUGUCCCUGUACUUCCUGGAGUUGACAGAUGUCCUUUCCCCGGCGAUGGUGGGCUUCCGUUGCUAUGACCGCGACCUCUCCAUGCCCUACGUCGAGACUGGAGAUGAGCUCAUCCCUCUGUUGAUGCUGCUGAGUUUAGCGUUCGCUGGUCCAGCAGCUUCUAUUAUGUUGGGGGAAGCGGUGAUGUACUGCAUGCAGUCCAAACUGAAGACCUGUCCCAAGUCAGAGGGGAGCAUAAACGCUGGAGGAUGCAGCUUUAACUCCUUCCUGCGCCGGACCGUGCGCUUUGUUGGUGUUCAUGUGUUUGGUCUCCUGGCAACAGCCCUAGUAACAGAUGUCAUCCAGUUAGCUACUGGUUACCACGCCCCUUUCUUCCUCACUGUGUGUCAGCCCAAUUACACAGCUCCGGGAGUAUCAUGUGACAACAACGCCUACAUCACGCAGGACAUCUGCAUGGGGAAAGACCAAUAUGCAAUCAUGUCUGCAAGGUUCGGACUGUUACUUAACUCCUGCUCUUCCCUGCAGGUCAUAGCCAUGUCGAAGCAGCAGGGUCACGGAGGAACCGCUUCAUCAACUAAGACAUCAGAAGGAGGCUCCUCCUCAGGUGGUGGCUCCAACUGCUCUGAGUCCCCUUACUACCGCAUUCCGUCUGAUCGAGACAGCUGCACUGGAAGCAACCCGGGGAGCGUCGCGGGUAGCGGGAGCAUCGUCACCAUUGACGCUCACGCCCCCCACCACCCGGUGGUGCGUGUGUCGGCCAGCAACGGCAAGCCGUGGGAGUGGAGGAACACCAUCAGUGGUAACAUGAUAACUGCCGAGCCGUCAGGCGACAAGCAUCGCGUCUCGCUGCAGCGGCAGGACAAUGUUUGCCACUACCGGGAUUACCGGACGCUGCCAGUGAAAACAGACUCGCUUGGCUCUUCCGCCACGAGCGGGAGCGCAGAUGUGGGGGCAGAGUUGCCUCCACCUCCCCUUCCAACUGCCUCCUCCCCUCUGCCUCCUCCACCUCAGCUGUCAUCCUCCCCUCUUCCACCACCACCCCCUCCUCAGUCAUCCCCUUCCCAGUUACCUCCACACUCAAGCUCUACCCCCAUGCCUCCACCGCCUCUUCCUCAUUCUAGUUCCCCUCAUUUGCCCCCAUCCCCUCACCCAUCCUCUUGCCAAAUGCCCCCACCUCCUCACCCCUCCUCCUUGCAAAUGCCCCCACCUCCUCACCCCUUAUCGAACCAGAUGCCUCCACCUCCUCACCCAUCUUCAUCUCCAUUGCCUCCUCCCCCUCCCCCUUCCUCCUCUAUGUCUAUGCCCUCUCACCCGUCCCACUCCAGCAUGCUGCCCCCUCCCCCCCACCCCGACCUGCUGAUGGACGGCCACGGCCAAGCCUUAUCCCGCUCCUCAACCCUUCCUCGCAGGCCCUCUGUGUCUUCUCGUAGCCAUGCCGAACAGGAGCACUACUACAAGGCCCUGCAAAAUGAGAGGAUGUUGUAGUUAAAGAGGGACAGGAAAGACAACAGACAUAGGAAUAUUAGACUCAAAAUGCCAUAACUGAAAGAGACAGAAAAAAAAAACAGGCUGCAACAGUUCAGUAGAGAUUUCCGACUUCUGAAAAAUGACAAAAAGGUUUAAAGCCACUGAGGGCGCUAAAGACAUUUGGGAGGUCUUUCAGUCUGUUUUUUUUUUUUUUUUCCUUGUAUAUCCUUCCACGGUACCAGCUGAGACUGAGACAAGAAGAGAGAAUGAAGGAAAGCAAGACUGAGGACAGGAAAAAAGAAAACAACUUUUUGCCUCUGGUUUUUUAGAGUUUCUUUGAGGAUGUGUUCAAAGGAGAAGCUGAAGAGACGGCAGCCUGAAAAGAGUUAUCACAAUGAAUGGUGUGGGAUUUGCUAAAUCAAGUUCCCCCAGAGAGGAGACUGAGAAAACAACUGCAGGCAGUGCUUGCUCAUCUUAAACCAGAGCAGCCAUUUGAGGUUUGCUGUCAUCUGUUUUACCUAACUGAAACUCUACUGAUUCAUCACGCCAUACAGCAGUAAAUAUGUUCAACUCAGCAAAUUCAGUCACGGGUUUAAGAGCAUUAACCACAGCUUACAAAGGCGUUAACAUCUCUAGCUGUCUAAUUUAGAAAAACCAAAUGUGGGCAUUGUGUUUUUGAUGCCAAGCCGGUUCAUCGUUAUCCACCAGAGAUGGUCGACUUAGAGAGGAGAAGCGAAUCAGUUUGACCAUGCUCUGCUGGGCAACCCCUUCAUGGAUGUCUCGAAUGGAUUAUUUGCUGUAAACAUUAGAAGCACUGGAAUGGAAAGAGAAUAGCUUCUAAAAUCAACAGUGCAGCCGGACCAUGCAGCACAAAGCGUAAAACCUGCCAUGGGUUGAAGAGCGAAGCUGCCGCUCGGAAUGGAGAUGAGCCUUUGUUUUUAAAUCCAGACUAGCCACCCAGGGAAGCAAGCCCUCCUGUCCCGCAUGUGGGAUAGGUGGAGGGUUUCAUCACCUUAGCUUCACAGAUCAACACUGAUCAAUUUCUCAGAAGAACGUCUAAGCAUCGUCUUUGUAAAAUGUAUUUUAUAUUCUUCACAAUAAAUCCUCUAACAACAAGGAUUUAUUCAGGGGAGCUUUUCAGGAAUCUGUUCAUUCACAGCUUUAUUCAAUCUAGACUAUCUCUCACCAGUUUUCAUUUACAUUUUUAAGGGUAAUGAGACAUUGUCAUCCUUGUUUGCCCUUUUAUCGUUGUACUAUUGCUUUUUUCUUUUAAAGAAAUGCAUAUUUUGUUCAAAUGAUUUGCAUGAACAGGUAGGAAAGAUCCUGAGAGGUUUCAGCUACACUGUUGAACACUAUUUUACAUUGCUGGAUUAGUCCCUCUUGUGUAAUAAUUAAACUUAAAACAUUGAUACAAAUUUUAAACCACAAUUUAGACAUUCUUAUUUUUUUAUCACUCUGUUUAAGCCCAGUAAAAAGGUGUAUCCUACUUUGGCUGCAAACUAAACUCUUUUUUUCUGAGGAAAAUCUCUGAGCUAUACUGUGAAAGUUCCAUUGCCAUUGUGAUUUCCACCAUUUCUCUGCAACAGCAUCCAACUUAUUCAAAUUACAGCCAGCAAAGUCUUACCAGAUACAACAGUCCAAACAAACGAGCAAAAGUUUUUAAAAUGUAAGAAAUAUCCAGGCUUGGUGCUCAUUCAGGGUAACUUUCAUAUUUCUAUUUUGUUUUUUAAGGAAGUUAUACCAAUGUAAAUAUGCCUUUAAAAUCAGACUUAAUAUUGAACCACAGUGAGGCCUCAAACUUAGAUGAGUUUGAAUCAUUUUUUGAAAACUCCAUUCCUGCUCUAGUCACUGAGUGAAGACAGUAAGGAAAACCUCUGUCUCAACUUUGUUACAUCUUGCUUUCACUAAUAUUACUUGACAAUUUAAUUAUUUAUCGGUAAAACAGUGUUAAUUAAUUUGAACCAAUAUUUACUGAACAUAAUCAAAAUACUUUUUAAACUUCUCAAACCUGUUGCAAAAUCAUCAUGUUGUUAGGCUAUUCUAAAGACAUCUGCAUUCAAAGUUAAAGCUAAUGUUUGGUUUGGUUAUUAAUUU